CUGUUUACGGUGUCGUACCCGGAAGUGGGAGCGGAAGUGCCUGCGCGGUGAAGACCUGACGAACAUGGCCGGUUGUUUUCUACCCCGAGCGGCCGGUUGGUUUCAGCUCCGCCGGACAACGACGCUUCUCACCGGGACGAGGUUUUACCGGGGAACCGAACCGGAGCCGCCGACGGUGAAACUGCAGAGCGACGGAAUAAGGAGAAUAAUAUUGAACAAUCCCCAGAAGAGAAAUGCUCUGUCUCUGUCCAUGUUGGAAUCUCUCAGAGAAAACCUCGUCACGGACGUGGACAGUGACGAUCUCAGAGUUAUUAUCAUAUCAGCCAAAGGUCCAGUGUUUUCCUCCGGACACGACCUGAAGGAGCUGACGUCCGCUCGGGGACGAGAGUAUCACGCCAAAGUGUUUCACACCUGUGCCGAGGUGAUGACUCUGAUACAAGACAUACCUGUCCCGGUGGUUGCCAUGGUGAACGGUGUUGCCACGGCGGCUGGUUGCCAGCUGGUUGCCAGCUGUGACAUCGCCGUGGUGACGGAGAAGUCCACCUUCGCCACGCCGGGGGUCAACGUGGGUCUGUUCUGCUCGACGCCGGCGGUGGCCAUCGGCAGAGCGGUGCCGCGGAAAGUUGCCAUGGAGAUGCUGUUGACUGGAACUCCCAUCUCUGCACAUGAUGCCUUGCUGCACGGUCUGGUCAGUAAGGUGGUGCCAGAGGAGCGACUGGAGGAGGAGACGCUCGCCAUCGCCCGGCGGGUGUGUCAGGCGAGCCGACCGGUCGUCGCCCUCGGAAAAGCCACUUUCCAGAGACAAAUGGCUCAGGGGCGAGAUGCAGCGUACGCCACCGCCUCCAAGGUGAUGGUGGACAACCUGGCCCUGAGCGACGGGCAGGAGGGGAUCCGAGCCUUCAUAGAGAAACGCAAACCGGUGUGGAGCCACAAAGCAGAACAAGCUCACGACUGACGGAGAAACUUUGAUCACAGGACGUCACUGCAGUGAUGGACGUUUUAUCCUGAUUGCUGCACAUGGUUUUCAGUCAGUGGUGAUUCAUGAUUAGCACCAGGCCUGAGUCAGCGAUCGCUUCACUGUGAACAUGUAAGAGUUUUUAAUUUGAACCAUGAGACGGUUUCAUAUUGAACCGCUGUGCCUUUAAAAAGCUGCUGAGUGGAGACGAGAGGGAGAAACACAGAGUCGUCAACAUCCAGACGAGAAAAGAUGAUCGAUGAUAUAACAGACUCAUAAUUACAGAGAAUGCUGAUCGAUGUAUAAUAUUUGUAAAAUGUAAAAUGCAAGAGUUACUUUCUAAAUCAUUUUCCUUUUUUUGUUUUAAUUGUCUGAUUUCGACAUCAUUAAAGUCGAUUUGUUUAUGUUUUCAAAAAGAAUAUAAAAUAUGAGAGACA